CAUUAUUAGUGAGUGUUAACUAACAUAAUACGCACAAGAAUUAUAAUCGACCGAAAUAAAUCGUAAAUCAGUAAUGCUGCUUACGGCAUCUGUAUAAUUUACCACUGUUCGAAGCGACGGAGAGUGGCAGGGGUGGACUGAAAGUUCUUUCAUUAAUUAGUAAAAAGUUGCCGAAGUUAAGCUUGUUCGGUAAUGAAACACGGAUUUUAUGAUUCCCGUUCGUUAAUAAUGUGAAACUGCGCACCCAGUGAACCCGUCAUCGCGCGAAGUUCGGCUCUUGACAGGAUUAUCAUGCGACGUUGGGGGCCGUGUCACAUGAUCGGUAAUCGCGUUCUCUGGAUCAUAAUACUGCUGCAUGGAAUCCAGGACUCCUAUGCGAAACUAAGUCCAAAUGCCGUGCAAAUCGCCGCCCGAUUACAAAGCGCAUCCCGGAUGGGAACCGAUCGCUCCAAUGCGGACGCAGCCUCCGCCAGCCGUCCAGGUCGAACUCGUAACCGAACAGACAGUAACCGUCCUGCCUUGCCGGAAGUAUCCAUCGACCCUGCUAUUGUGAAUUCCGCCCGCAAUGAACAGGUCAUUAAUCAGCAGCGCUACUCCUUCCAGUCAGCCGUCGCCCGAAUGCUUGGCACAUCUUACGGGGUCGUCGGUUUGGCGGCCGUUGAGAGUACCAUUGACCGUCCGAUUCUGAAUAUUCCUGAUUCAGUGGACCGCAUCGCGGUUCAGCCGAAAUAUCUCCCCGACAAUAUCUCGCCGUUCUUGUCGAAAGGCAACGAGGGUCAUGCGUGGAAGAAGAAUUUUGCCGGUGGCUACUCGUUGUUACAAGGUCCAGUUAGCCCUGUGCGCGGCUACAUGUUGGGACGAAUUCUAUUGCAACGGUUGGGAAAAGACACUGUAAAUCAGUUAGCGCCUAGCUAUAAUGUUUCCAUGGCGGACUACUUUAAUACGUACAUUCCAUAUCGUUAUCGGUUUUCUUUCGAUGGCGGUGAUACGACGACCACGGCCAGACCGGAUGCGACUGCUGCCGAAAUCCGUUUUAAUCAAGCUUCCGACUUUAGUGAGGGUCGCACUGCGAACUCAGGAUUUGAACUUGACAAAUCUAAAUGACGGAGCGGUAGCAACGGAUGCCUGUUAUCUGGAGCGAUGGAACAAAGAACUACCGUUCAGCGAACUGCCGCAUAUGCUCUUGACCUUUUUAUCCAGCGAUGAUAUAAGUGGUUCAUCCGAGCAAGAUAAACUUAGUUUUUUUACGGGUUUCUUGAACAAGAGCCAGGCUGCGUAUAUCAUCAAAGACAGCAAGUCGAAGGUGUUUGACAUUCCCACAAAGUAUAGCAAGUAUAUUGCCAAGUGUCCAACUGCACUGGACACUUCGCAGGCAGCUCUGGACAGCGAAAUCUCUCUUAAUGCCACCAACGUCACCACGUGGAAUGCGGGUGCACUGGUCCAGUGGAACACAAUGGUCAAACGAGGGGAUCGGGCGAUCUGUGGCGUUACGGGAAUUCAAAAGCCACAGGGUUGCAAAAAAAGCCAAGAAUUAAGCAGCCUGGACCCCUUUUAUGUCGGAGUUGACCAGUUAAUAAGAAUGUACGGGGACACGCGCACUUAUUCGAAAAGCAAAAUGCUAAAAGAUGUAAUUCAAGCCGCAAAGCAUUGUUACAACGAAAAUUCGUUUCCGGACAGCGCCAGGAUGAUCCCAUGUCUAGAUUUUGCAAUAGGAAGUGGCCAAAUGAGAAAUCUCUCUUCUGCUAGAUCUAUUUUUGGAAACGAAGAAAUAUGCCAAAAAUUUUUGGCCUCCAAUCUGGAUAAAUGCCCAUCAGCUGGAGAAUGUACGCAAACGGAUAUAAUCAACAUUAACGUUUUUGUUCGGAAUUACUUUUUAUGUGCCGAGCCGGUUGACCAAACGCUUCUUAUACGCUUCAACCGAGGGUAUGUUCCCCGCGUAACUGAUCUCACUACAGUCAGCAGUACUGCAGUUUCUUUGCACUUUCUCCCGAGACUCCACGAUCUUUCGAUGUUCCACACUCCUUACACCUCAAUUUGCCUAAUAUGGCUAAUAUGUUUUCAUAUGACCUUCCACUUAUUUUAGUAGCUUUGUGUUAGUUAAACUACAAAGGCCGGAGUUUAUCGUGUUUGCUAUAUGAUUAAGCAGUAUUAUAAGUACAUGAAACCGAUAUAAUAUGGAUGAUAUUUGGUGUGAUUUAAUUGUUAACUUCGAUGUGCUUUCAGACAGCUGUCCAAAAGAACUGCGCAGCUCUCGA